AUGGGCUUCGAAGAUAUCCCUAACGACCAUGACGUCGACAAGGUGAUGGGGGCGGAGGGCGAGAAGGCUGCCUCCCCUCCACCGCCGUUCGAGGGGGAUAUGGUCGGGGAAAUGAGUGAGGCGGAGAGAAAUGUCUAUGAUCACGGUAUCAAGAAGUUCAACCGUCUCGGCUGGAAGCGACUCACUAUCGUCCUCAUUGUCGAAGCUAUUGCACUCGGCAGUUUGUCGAUCCCUUCCACCUUUGCGGUACUUGGCAUGGUUCCUGGUGUGAUCUGCUGUGUCGGCAUCGGUCUCAUCGCCAUCUACACCAGUUAUAUUGUUGGAAUGGUCAAACUGGCCUUCCCCGAGGUCGCCAAUUAUGCCGAUGCGGGUCGGCUGAUGGGUCGUCGGUUAGGGUGUGGUCGUUUUGGAUACGAGCUAGUCAAUGUGAUGCUUCUUCUCCAACUAAUUUUCCUCACGGCCUCGCACUGUCUGACGGGAACCAUCGCAUUCCUUGACAUCACCAAGAGUGGCAUUUGCUCCAUCAUUUUUGCCGUGGUUUCCGCCAUCAUCCUGCUGUUGCUCGCUAUCCCGCCCAGUUUCACAGAGGUGGCCAUUCUGGGCUAUGUUGAUUUUGCUUCUAUCAUCAUUGCCAUCGGAAUCACAAUUAUCGGUACCGGUGUGCAGGCGACUAAUUCACCCGGUGGACUUUCUGGAGUACCGUGGUCUGCGUGGCCCAAGGAUGAUAUUGGCUUCACUGAAGCCUUUAUCGCUGUGACGAACAUCAUUUUCGCUUACAGCUUUGCCAUGUGCCAGUUUUCCUUCAUGGACGAGAUGCACACUCCUCGCGACUUCGUUAAGUCGAUCUGGACGCUGGGUAUCACUGAGAUCUUCAUCUACACGAUUACCGGUGCUCUGAUCUACGCCUUUGUGGGUCCAGAUGUAUCCAGCCCUGCACUCACCUCUGCUGGAACCACCCUCAGCCGUAUUGCAUACGGUGUCGCCCUGCCUGUGAUCUUCAUCAGUGGCUCAAUCAACACCGUUGUGUUUGGCCGUGUGGUGCAUGGUCGCAUCUUCAAGAACUCCCCUAUCCGCUUCAUCAAUACCAAGAUGGGAUGGUUGACAUGGCUGGCUGUGAUCACCGCCGCCACAGUUGUGGCAUUCAUCAUUGCCGAGGUGAUUCCUUUCUUCAACGACUUGCUUUCGAUCUCUUCCGCUCUUUUCAUCUCCGGUUUCACCUUCUACUUCCCUGCCAUGAUGUGGUUCAUGCUCCUUCGGGAGGGCAGUUGGAAAGAACGCAAGAACUUGAUGCUGGGAGUUAUCAACGCAUGUAUUUUCAUCAUCGGUAUGGUGGUGCUUGUCGGAGGAACCUAUUCUAGUAUUGAUGACAUCAGGAUCAAGUACGACAAGGGAGAAGUUGGAGGUGUUUUCUCGUGUGCUGCUCCCGAGUAA